GCUGGUUUCGUUGCUUUUCUCCAUCAACUAGCAACGACUUGCAGCAAGUGCGUCGCAAUGUGGGUACCACCUGUACGGCACUACGAAGCGCCUGAUCUCUCGACGCGCAGAGGCGAAAUGGAUUGGAGGCUGCGCAGAGAUCUUCAGCUGAGAAAGUUUUCGUACGCUGCGAUCGUCGUCUUACAGCUCUAGCUCGCAUUUCGCACCCGUACGUGCAGCUGAACAGCUUUGCACUUGCGCCUUCGUCCUUCGAAACGGCAGCUCACAGCCUUUUGGGCUUUCAGGAUGUCAUCUCUUCCUUUCUCUCUUUCCACCCUCCAUCACGACGGAUCUGGUCAUGCUCAAAGAUGAUUACCUCACUUUCAUUGCGCUAUGGCUUGCCCUCGAAACCAUUUCUAUGGUCACGCCUCUUUGCAUUGCCGUCACCGUCUUACGGCUCGUCUCGAACCACUUGGUGCCCGUACCCGCCAUUUUUGCUCAUCUAGCUUUGCUGGAGACUCUCUUCUAUCUCUUCUUCUUCCUUCCAAGGCGAUAUGUUUUGGACCAACUUCCGCCGGCUUUCACCCCCAGGACACGCGAGGAGAGACGAGAGCUCUUUUACAAAUGCAUUGAAACGAUUCCAGAUCUAAACCGGUGGUUCUCCAUCUGGUUUAAGGGACUGGAGGUCUCACUGCUUCUCAGAGAGAACGUGAAGACGUUCCUUGCCUGGGGAUUCUUCAACAAGACUCGGGUUGACGUAGAAGAUGACGAAGAACUGGAAGAAUACCUGCGUGAGAUUGAAAUGAGGACGGGGCGGUCAUAUCCAUCCGGUUCGAAUCAGCUUGAGCCUUGCAGAGUGUCGACGGAUCGAUUGUGCAUACAACACAAGCCUCUCAUUUACUACAUGCUGACCGUGAGCAUCGCGGACACACUAUGCCAUAUACUCAUGUCCAACAUGUCCUUUACGCAUUACCGGCUUCCAAUCACUUCGGCAUUUAGAAUGUUUCCACUGCGUCCACUUGCUCUAUGCUCUGGCACCAUCUCUCCUUCUCCCAAGCUCUCCUACUGGUAUCGCCCACACAUGUCGCGGAAACAUUCGCCGCUUCUUUUCAUCCACGGGAUUGGCAUUGGCCUCCAAUUAUACACCGGACUUCUGCACGCGUUGCUAGCCCAGAUCGGUCGUGGCUGUGAGGAUGGACAAAUCGGCAUCUUAGCUCUCGAAAUCAUGCCCAUUAGCUUCCGUAUCACGGACACACUGAUGCCCCGCGAGGAGAUGGUCGACGAGAUCCGGAACAUCUUGGCUUUUCAUGGCUGGACCGACUUUGUCAUUGUCGCGCACUCAUUUGGCAGCAUACUGGCAACGCAUCUGCUUCGCCGUUUAACCAGAGAAUGCCCAACCCAAAAGCAUUCUCUCGUCUUGGUCGACCCGGUCACGUUAUCGAUUCAUUUCGCCGAGAUCCCAUACAACUUUAUCUACCGCAAGCCGCGAAAUGCAAGUGAGUUACUCUGCUCUUUCGCCUCUAGAGACAUUGGCGUAUGCCCGUCCAUCAUGCGGCUUUUUGACUGGACUCAAAAUGUGCUUUGGCUGGAGGAAAUUGCCGAUCGGCCAGUGGUCGUCUUUCUGGCUGGAAAAGAUGUGAUCAUAGACGCGGAGAAGCUUCGACAAUAUUUGAAGAAGAAUGGUUUCAUGGACAGUUCAAGCGCAAAAUUGGAAGUGAACGGCAGAUCCGAGCUGAACAAACGCACCUGCGAUGGACGUAUAGUAUUUCACAGGGACUACAACCAUGGCGAGAUAUUGAUUAGGAGUCAGGGAAAUCAAGAAUUGGUCGACGCCAUCAUCCAGGCUAGUCGACAGAAUGUUUGGCUGGAUAGAAUGGUGAAAAGGCGUCUUUUAUGAAGGGCGGGCGUACACCAAUUCUUUUAUAGAAUAUAGAAUAGCGAUGUCUUCUACGCGCCACGGCCGUCUCUGACAUUAGAAAACUUGAA